AUGAUACCAAAAGAGUUAUCGCGGUCCACGAUGGCGGACCCAGAGCUCCAUGAAGAUGUGAAUUCUCUGAUUUUGGACUAUCUGGUCUGUCUUGCGAUCGAGCAAACCCUGUCCGCAGCGGAUGAUAUACGCGACCCCAUCAAAGCCGAGGAAGCCGACUGGCUCGUACAGUCAUUGAAAGCCUUCGGAUCUCUUCCCGCUUCAACUUCAACCUCCUCGCUGGCCGCGGAUCUGAACAUCAAACGUGAGAUCCUAUGGGUAGCAGAUGCAGUUCGACGUUACAAACACGAGCCAAGACAAGGUCGAGACUCAGAAUCAGCUCAACUUGCAAAGGUCGGCCUUCGUUUCAUGAAUCUUUGUCUUGCCGCCGUACCCAAAGUCUCCGAAUCCCGCUGGCUAGACGUGGGUGCUCAAUUCUUGCACCAGGCCGCGAUCCACGAUAAAAUCAAAACAUCGGAUGACAGCGACGCUAUCAAACGCCUCCAAGAAUGGAACUGCAUUAACCCUGGCCGCAAUAAGCGAUGGUUCCAAAUGUGUCAAGCCUAUGGUUAUGGCGGCAAUGCUAGCCAGCCUGAAUCGUCACGGAGAUUUCCACUUGCGCAGUUCAAAAAUACAGUGAUGAGAUUCAUGUUGGAUCUGAUGACUGUCCUUGAUCCUCCUGUUUUGAUUGAAUUGGAGCGUGGGAAGUUGGGGAAUUUGUCCCGUGAUGAAACGAGACAGCUCCUGGAGCGCGCUGCGCGCUUCUUCUCCCUCAAUCCCAGUCCCAGUCCCCCGAGGGAAGGGAAGGGGCCCUGCGCUUUCGUGGUGCGACUUUCCAGGGAUCCCUUCUAUGCUCUAUACCAGUACCAGGCGAGCGAGCCCAUUCGCCAAUUUCCGCCCCUGGCUCGACUCGGCCAUUGCCGCCGACGCAAGUUGAGUUCUAUAAAGAUCGAUCCGCAGAUCAAAACAGAAACGCGAAAGCUCAACCCAACGGAUGGGGGACGAAAAUCACCACCCUAUCUGCCAUACCCGACUCAUGGGAAGGCGUCCGCGCUCUUGAUGGACCUCGAGGCCAGACCAAUCCCGUAUCACCAACGAACGACGCGCGAUUGA